AAGAAGGGAUACGUGUUUUUGUAGUAGUUUCAGAUUUCCCAUUGCACUGUAAAUGCUCAGAUUAUUACAUUAUGGUGUCUUGGUGUAACUCACCGUUUUCGAUUUAGUGAUUUAUGUGUGGACUAAAGUGGAGCUAACAAGGCGGAAGAUUGCAAACCUGCCCUGGACAUGGCUGAUACAACAGAGGAGAAAUCGUUUAUUUUUGAUGUCCUCUCUAAGCGCCACCAACGACAAUUAUCAAGUGUUCGACACAAGACCACGAUUCAGUAUGCUACACGGCCGGAUUUACCAAAGCUGGCCUACAGGAAACUGAAAGGGAAGAGUCCUGGAGUGGUUUUCUUGCCUGGUUUUGCCUCUGUCAUGGGUGGACAGAAAGCAGAAGCAUUAGAAGAGUUCUGCAAGUCUUUAGGUCACUCAUACCUCAGGUUUGACUAUUCUGGCUGUGGGUCAUCUGAAGGGGAAAUGGGUAACUACAGCAUUGGUGCCUGGAAGAAAGACGUCCUGUAUGUACUGGAUGAACUAGUAGAGGGGCCACAGAUUCUGGUGGGCUCCAGCAUGGGUGGGUGGCUGAUGUUGCUAGCUGCUCUUGCACGGCCAGAGAAGACAGCUGCUUUAGUGGGCAUCUCAACUGCUGCAGAUCACUUCGUCACUGCCUUCAACUCCCUACCAAUAGAGACAAAGAAAGAGAUAGAGGAACAGGGCUUUUGGAAAUUCCCAACCAAGCACAAUGAAGAGGGUUUCUACACUCUUAGCAUGGACUUUCUGAAGGAAGCGGAGAACCACUGCAUACUCCAGAGCCCCAUCCCUGUUUCCUGCCCCGUUCGUCUGGUUCACGGGUUCAAGGACUCUGACGUUCCCUGGCACGUCUCCAUGCAGGUCGCAGAGCGAGUACUCAGCAAUGACGUAGAUGUCAUUCUACGCAAACAUGGGCAACAUCGCAUGUCAGAUAAAGAUGAUAUUAAGCUCAUGGUGUACACUAUUGAUGACCUUAUCGAUAAAUUGACCACAUUGGGGUGAGAACGGGUGUAAGGACAGUAUGAAAGAUGGACUAGUUUGGAUGGGGAAAGCAGUGUGUACAGGUAUCAGGUUUGGAGGUUAGGCUUUUAAUUAAAGUGAAAGAAGCCAAAUUAAUUGAAUGAGAAUCACCAAAAAAAAUCGAAUUUCUUUCCAGAGCCAUAUGACUGACUUCCAUGGAACACCAUACAAUGACCAGGUGCUGGCAUGCUCAAAAACAUCAUUCUGACUUGUGUGCUAUAUUCCUUCUAUAGUGACCUGAAGCCGUACGAUAGCUUUGUAAAAGGGACAGGCCAAAAUCUAAAAGAAUAGUUCAUCCAAAAAUUUUAAAUCGCUGAGAAUUUACUCACCUUCAGGACAGCCAAAAUGUACAAGUGAUUGCUUCUUCAUCUGAACAGUUUUGGAGAAUUGUAGUAUUACAUCACUUGCUCACCAAUGGAUCCUCUG